AUGAAGGAGUUUGAAAUGUCAGAUUUAGGUAUUUUGCAAUACUUUAUUGGUCUUCAAGUGAAACAGGUGGAGAAUGGGAUUUUUAUUUCUCAAAUGAAGUAUAAGCAUUGUCCUACCAAGCAACAUUUUGGUGCUGCCAAAAAAGUGUUGCGUUAUGUUGCUGGGACUGUUGACUUCGGGAUUUGGUACUCCAAAGUUGUAGAUUUCAUCUUCAUAGGGUACAGUGAUAGUGAUUGGGCAGGAAGUAUAGAUAACAGAAAGAGUACUUCUGAAAAUGUUUUUAGUUUAGGAUCUGGAGCGAUUUCUUGGAGUUUAAAAAAACAGGAUGUGGUUGCAUUAUCAUCAUCAGAAGCAAAGUAUGUUGCUGUAACUUCAACAGCAUGUCAGGUCAUAUGGUUACGAAGAUUGUUGAUUGAAAUUUUCUAUCGGCAAAAGGAUGCAACAAAGAUAUUCUGUGAUAACAAGGCAACAAUUGCAAUGACAAAAAAUCUGGCUUUUCACAGCAGACCAAAGCACAUUGACAUCCGUUAUCAUUUCAUUCGUGACCUGAUAGCAAAAGGUGAUAUAGAGUUAAAGUUCUGA